AUGAGUCUGGAGGAGGCGUUUCGCGUGUACACGAAGGGGGCCGCGGAAAUGGACGGAAGGACCUUCGCGAAAAUGCUGAAGGACUGUGGGGUGUUGAGCAGCAGCAGCAGCAGCAGCAGCAGCAAACUGACAGCAGCAGAAGCAGACUUGCUUUUCGCCAAAGUCAAAGACAGAGGCAGCAAAAAGAUUUCUUUUCAACAGUUCCAACAAGCCCUCCAACUCCUCGCAGAAAAAACCAAAAUGGACCUCCAAACGCUCCAGCAGAAGCUCGCAACAGAGGGCAGCGAGGGUCCGAUAUUGACGGGGACGAAGGCGGAGAAAGUUCGUUUCCACGACGACAAGAGUACAUACACCGGAGUGCACAAGAUGGGGGGCCCCACAACAGUAGAUGACGGGAGAGUUCAGUUUAAUGAUUUGUCGAAGUUUUGUGACAGAUCUGAAUAUGAUAUUCGAGGAGUUAAAAAGGGAAUUAUCGAGAACAAAACGGGAGACAGCAAGUAG